AUGACGAGCGCCUCGCCCGAGGGCCCGCAUCCGCCUCCCGUCUACGGAGUGUGGUCGUCAAGAGCUUCCACACCCACCGCCCCGGGCAUCCGCGACAUCUGGACGGCCAUGGACCUGCCCCCCCGACGGCCUCGACUCGCUCGUCCUCCCCGACGAAAGCAGCCCGCGGCCCAGCAUCCCGUCCUUCAAAAUCGGGCCCCUGGCCCCAGGCGUCCAUCGCCCUCUCCGCCCUGGCCGCCCACGGCGCCGACGUCCUCUGAGGUCACGGCGACGAGGGAUACGGGCUACGGGACCUUGACGGCCGCGAGGCACGCCGCCGACAUGGACGGGGUGGACCUCAUGUUUACGGGGGGCGAGAUGGGACGCCUGCGUAUUCACAAAGCAGGUCGCAACAUCCACGGCCGCGAGCACCAUCGCCUGCAGGCACCCCAAAACCAUGUGCAAAGACCACCGUCGCUAGCCCCGACCCGACUUGGCGGCAUCGACCAUCCUCGUCUCGAGUCGUGUCACGAAGAAGAAUAA